AUGCCUUCCAACGCCUCAUCCCCCGCUCCAAAGAAGUCUAAGAACCCCACGGAUUCCGACGCGUCUGACAGACUCUUAAAGAAACCGAAGACUACUGGCCAGACCGAAACCGCCUCUAAGCCCCGAAUACUACCACCGAUCGCUUACUCCGACGCCACUAUGAAUGAGCCAGUCGCGUUGUCCUGGACUAAGCAUAAAGCACCAACGGAAAAACCUGGCUUGGUGUUUGAAGAAUGCUACGAUCAUAGCACCAUACAGGACUGGCAGAAAGGCGAGCAAUUUGCAAUCAUGUGCAAAGGCGCUGCCCACGCACAAGCCGAGCCAGCCGCAGUCCCAUUCGACGGGACCACACACGACCCGUCCUUCUUUAAAUACACCAAGCCACCGAACCCUAUUGGCAAAACUGGAAAACCGGUCAAUGUGCCACCCAGCGUUUUCAGGGCCUGGGCGCAGACCUUGCCGCUGUACACCCACUGCAAUGUCAAAGUGGUCAACCACGAGAUUCACCUUCUAAACGAAAUCCCGAAGAUGGUCAAACUCUCCGAUGAGCUGGUUUACGUUGUCUACAAAACCUACUCCCAGACAACCCGCGCGAAGAUGUUCCCAGCCGAUUUCGACGCCACAGGAGACAUCCGAGCAGACCGCAUGCCAGAAGACCCUGCGCCAAGCUGGGCUGCACACGGCGUUCACUUCAUUCUGGAAUUCAAAGGGUACUCAUUGCUCUGCGGGCGCGAAAUCGCUAAGCGGAUCGGAUGGAAGCUAAACACUAAGACCAACGCCACCACCCGUGGACAACCCAUCGACUGGUCUUUCGGCAACUGGGUCAUCGGUGACGGCUUUCAUAUCACCACCCCAAUUAAUCGCCAGGCUUAUCGCCCUGAUGGGUCCAUGGUCGACUCCUAUAUCGGCACUGAAAAAUCUGCUCACCGCGACACUAUGACAAAACCACCAUAUGGCUUGGUGGUUGUGAUAAACAAGACAGCAGAUUGCAUGGUGGGACCGCUAUGGCGCCUGCGCAGUUACCACCCAAGAUGCGCAAACGCUGAUGGCGCGUGGACUGUACCCCUCGGCCUAUUCCAGGAGCAUGACAUUCCGCUGAACCCGGGCAUUGCGAUCACUUUUCCGGUGACCAUUUCCACAGCCCCCGUUUUCAUGACCUCUGCUGAGCUUCGCGAGAAGUGGAAGACCCCUGUAACCGCGCUCACUAACUCAGAGUCUAUGGCCUCUAACCAGCAUGGUUCAAAUCAGCGCAAUACAACACGCGUGAUGCCGGACGUUACUAGAAUACAGGAAUGGACCAAGAAGCUUAAUGCAGACCCACAAGCACAUCAUGUCUGGGAAUGCCUCCGCGACAUCCCCGUCCUGGAACCGGACACAGUCUCCAUCGACAAGCUCAUUGACAAUUUGUGGCAGACAACCUUGCUUCUCGACGCAGCGAGGGCCAACCUGACGUCAGAAGAAGCUAAGUACUGGACCAAGCUGGAAAGUAACAUCUCCGAGCUACAGGCGUCCUACUCUUCAUACGUCGCCAAGGCCAGCCCUACGCUAGCCUCCAUGAACGUGGCAACCCGUGAGCCUGCCAGAUCUCGUUGGGACCUCGCACUUCAACUCUGUUCUCGCAACAAGUCUGUUAGCACUGAGCCAGAUAGCACCACCGCCAUGGGGUUGCCGAAGCCCAGCAGCCCGGCCCCAAGCUCCCAAAAUGAUGAGGACCUCGACAUUACUUACUAG